CCAUUAUAAUGGCUAAUAUUCAAUCAAUUUGGAAAUGUAUGGUCAGUUUAUUGAUUUUUAGUAUGAUAUUUUAAAUGUCUGUUAACUUAUUACUUGUUGAGUUCUUUUGCCUUGCUAUUUACAGUUUAUACAUUUUAUAAAAUAACUAUCUUCGCUUGUGUUUUAUAGUUAAUUUAAAAUAUUAUGUAACGUUAGUAGUUUCCGAACAAAUUUUAAAUAUGUAGGUAGAUUUUCGAACGUAAAAUGAGCUGUCACAUGUCAAGGUCAUUUUAUAAUGUUUGUUGACGUGCGUGAUAAGGAAAAGAAACGAUUUUAUGAUUAAGUUUCGUUGAAACAGUAGAAUAUUCUCAAAGAUGGGAAUAUUUGCUUCUUGCUGUAGACCAUCAGCGUCGGAUGUGAUAACACCGGAUGCUGAGACCAGACGCAGGCAACAGAUCGAGGCGGCCGAGCGUCGCCGUGCCGAGGAGGCGGCGCGUGGCGUCAAGGAUCCAGAGAGGGUAAAGAGGAUGCAACAAAAAAGUCUGGACAUGGAGAAACGAGAACAGGAACUUGCUAAGGAGGGUGGUGCUGCUUUGAAGUGGACAACUGACUGAGAUCCGGCCCAAUGCACAAGUGCAACUAGCAACGUAGCUACAAGCAGCACAGCCACUAGCACAGAUACUGGAACAAGUGUUUCAAAAUAUGACAAAUACAAAUACAAAAACUGAACUUUUCUGUUUUAAGUCUGUCUGAUAAACUUUAAAUGAAUGAACUUUAACUAAAAUCUUGAAAGAACCAAAUUUGAUUAGUAAUGGAAUGAAAACUGAUAUAUGUAUUUUUCUUUAAUCAAUGCUUUAUUUCCAUUUUGUAGAUAGUUCACUAGCUCAGAUUACUUAAUUUAAUACAUUUCUGUGAAUCCCAUAUCAUACUAAUAGAAAGUUUACAAAAACACAAUAUGUACACAAAAGUUUACAAGCUCUUUAUAAUAUUAUACUAUUGAUUAUUAAGGUUUCUAUAAAAACUGCCUGCAUAUUUUUAAAAGGUUAAAAUGUAAGAUUUUUGAAAGGGGAUCAGUAAAUAAUCCAUUUUAUUUAAUAUUGUUACAGUUGUAUAUUAUGAAAAUAGCAUUAUGUCAUUUCCUUAUCAUUAUAUUUUAUUGUUAACUGAUGAAUAUUGUGACAUGAAUAAUAUUCAUACAAUUUAACGUACAAAUGGUUCCCUUUCUAUAUUAUCAUCAAUGUAUUCAUUAACAAUGGAGCUUUUCUCUGUGGUACUUAUUAUAUACUGAGUGUUUUUGAUGUAAAUACAAGUAUUUAAUGAUAUUAUGUGAUGUUUAUAAUAGGUGUCUAUAUGAAUGUAUUUGUAGUAUUAAUAUAUGUAAGUAUAAAAAUGUCUUGAAAAUAUACACUUUUAAAGUUUAAGUUGGAUUAAUAUUAAAACACUGUAUGAAAAUAUUGGUUCUGUGACUGCAAAACUGCCUAAUAUAAUAUUUCUAUCACUAUCAAAAUAUUUAAGCUUAGUUUACCUAAGAUUCAUGAUAUCAAAAGUGCAAAAGAAAAUGGGAAAUCUUGCAAAGCUUUGGUUAUAUUUAUGAAAUGAAAAUUGGAGAUAUAUGUGAACCAGAUAACACUUGUUAAGUAAUGUAUCAAUAUUUUAGUAAAAGAGUUAUUAAUUUUUAUGUGAAAAUGUUAGUCCCUAUGAUACCUAGUCACCUCUCUCUGUCGUUAGUUUAGAUUUCUAUGUCGAAAUAAUUUAGAACUCUUCGUAUUUUUGAUUUUUUUUAUGAACUACAAUAUGCCAUGCAUUUGAUGUUUUAUAUAAAUAAUUAUAAUAUCAUUACUUGUCUCGAACUAAAACGUUUGCCGUCCUGAGCUGGCCUGUUGCGUAUUUGUGUCAUUUCUUUGAAGGAUUUACAAGUUUCUACUAAGUCACUGCCUAUUAUAUAAAAAAUAAUGGUAAUGCCCAAUUAGUAUUUUUGUUAAAAUGACUACUACACAUUUUUCAUAAUGGAAUUACUGAAUUUAUGGGUGACUUUAAUUUUCAAUAUAUUUAAAAGCUUUAUUUAAUUCAGUGCUCCCAGAAAAACGGGCCUCGCACCGUAUUUUAAGAAGCUAUCUUAUAUUCGAAAAUUAUAAUAAUACAUAUAGAAUACAUGUUGUCUUUACUUUGGUUGUUUAAUUUUUUUAUAAUUGGAUAUCGUUUCAUUAUUUUCAUAAUGAAAAUGCGACAAAAUUGGUUGAUUGCGUGAAUGUCCCUCUAAAAUACACAAAUUAAUUAAGAUCCAACUCAAUAUGGAACAUUUUGGUAGUGUAAUAUUUUCAGAUAGAGCUAAAGCUGUUUUUUAAAGCAAUUAUAUGUAAAUUUGAAUAUUCCCAACCAUAAUUGUGCGCUGUAAAAGUUUGGAACGAAAACUCAAAUCUUUUUGUCCAGGACAGGGUCUUUAGAAAGUAUAUACAUUGAGCAUUUUAAAUAAAAGUUUGUAUACAAAGUAACUACCGUUUUAAUAGUUAUCACACUCGUGAUGGACAAGGAAUGGUAAUCCAUUUAUACAACAAACUUGAUAUAAAAUUUAAAUUAUAUACAAUAUUUUAUGAAAAUUCAGAUACUAUGAAAUAAUAUGUUUUUUUUUACUGAUUGCCCUGUUGACUGUCUACUUGCAGGGUAUGUUGAAAAUUUUAAUUUGGAUAAGUAAAUGUAAUGUAAUUUAAUUGGAAGCUUAUUACAAAUUAUGUUACGCCUAAAUUGUACAUCAUCAUAUGCACUGAAUAAUUAGUUUUUUGGUAAUGUUUGCCCAUAUAAAUGUUGUAUAUAAUAAAUGUGUAACUAUUUA